CAUUCAGAACAUUCAACAGACUGCAGGACAUGCAUCACUAUCAUCAUUAUUAAACUGUUUUACAGAUGUGGACACAGACCCUCAGAAGGCACAUGGCUCUCUAGUGACCUGAAUUGAAGCCUGGGUCUCUAGCGUGCUUGCCACCUAGUGACUUUGCCUGUUAAGGAAGCUGUUUGAACGGUUUUAACUAAUUUUUGUUUUCUGUUCAUUUUCUUUUGCUUGGAAGGCUGCCUUUGCCACCUGACCCACCUAAUCCAGGCCAAGACUAAAAGCCAACACUAGUCUUCUUUUGUGGUGAUUGAUGUCACUUUGAAACUCCCAUUUUUCCAAACCCACCUGAAAGCAAGUCUUGUGCGUCUGUGUUCUUUCUGUUUGAAAGAACUGGCACACCAGCUGCAGACGGUGUAAGCCAGCUUUAGAAACAGAAUCCCUUAAUCAAGGGACAGGCAGUUCCUUGUAAAUCCAAAUAAAAGUCAAUGCUUUCUGAUGACUUUCAUUAGUCAGGGCUCCAGGAUUUGCCCUGGAAGCUGCUUUUUCACAUGUGACCUGACCCAGUGGAUUAUAUUCAUUCAGGAGUUUGGUCUCACGUUAAUGGACUUCCACUUCUGUGUCAGCUGUCACUGAGCUUCUGACCCAUGGCAAGGUCAUACCAUGCCCUGCCUUUUUGGUGGCCUUCAACUCAUACUUCACUGUGACUUAAGAGAGUUUUUAAAAAAUCCAUCAGUUGAGAGUUUAAACAGGUCUGACUACAGCCACCUGUCCUCCACCAGCAGUGAGCUCUCCGUGGAAGAGGCGCAAGACCCUUUCCUGGUUAGCAUACACAUCAUCGCAGACCCCGGGGAAUCCCAACCGCUGCAGGAGGCCAUCGACAAGGUCUUGGCAUGGAUCCACCCUGACCUUCCCCUGUUCCGGGUGUCUGAGAGGCGAGCUGGGCGUCGGCGGAGGAAGCCCCCCAAGGGAGCGCAGCCAGCGCUGGCCGUGGUGCUGUUCCUGCAAGAGGAAUACGGUGAGGAGCAAAUCUUGCAGCUCCACCGCAUGCUGCAGCGGCCACCCUGGCGCCACCACCACACGGAGCGCGUGCAGGGCAGGUUCCUGCCCUACCUGCCCUGCAGCCAGGACUUCUUCACGCUGGCCCCCGGAACCCCUCUGUGGGCCAUCCGACCUGUGCACUACGGCAAGGAGAUCGUGCGCUUCACCAUCUACUGUCGUCACGACAGCUACGCUGACAGCCUCCAGUUGUACGAGCUGAUCCUGCGCCGGAGCCCCAGCCAGAGGAAAGCGGACUUCUGCAUCUUCCCCAUCUUCUCCAAUCUGGAUGUAGACAUCCAGUUCUCCCUGAAAAGACUGCCCUGUGACCAGAACCCGGUGCCCACCGACUCCUCUCUGCUGGAGUUCCGCGUCAAGGACAUAGGCGAGCUGGUCCCUCUCCUGCCCAACCCCUGCAGCCCCAUCAGUGAGGGUCGCUGGCAGACCGAGGACCACGACGGAAACAAGAUCCUUCUGCAGGCACACAAGGUGUACAAGAAGUUCCCCAAACCCAGCAGAGCACACUGCUCCUCCGAGAAGAAAGCUCACUCCACUCCUUCACCAAGCACCACUGUACCAAGCCAUACAUCAAGUGGCAGCCAACCGUCCCUGCACAACGACCGUUUCCUGGGGCCUGGCCAGACAGGCCUGCCUAGUGGGCACCAGCAAGAAUUUGCCAGACAAACCAGCAGCACCCCCAGCGCCCCCUGGUCUUUCCAGAGGAGCAAAUCCUUGUUUUGUUUGCCCACCGGAGGCCCCUCCCCAGCCUCCUCAGCUGAACCACAGUGGUUUUCAAACACAGAUCCGCCAGAGCACAGGGUAUCGAACUGUAGGCAUAGCCACCUGCUCUCCAUCGAUGACUUAGAGGGUGCCCAGGAGACAGAUGUGGACACAGGCCUGCGACUCUCUUCCUCUGACCUGUCCGUGGUCUCUGCGUAUUCUGCACCCAGUAGGUUCUGCAGCACUGCAGAAACCUCCCUCCCCUCUGAAAAAUGCAGCAGCCGUUGGUCAACAUGGAAGGGGCCCCGAGAAGGACCGCUGCCUGCUGUCAGUGGGGUGACCACAGAGGCCUCCUGGACUUCCCUCCCCUUCUUUACCAAAAGGUCUGCCAGAUGCUCAGUGAAAACUGUCUCUGCUCCCUCGGCUUCUAGUGCCUCCUCACUCACAGAGCCAUCCCCAAAGGCCUCUUGGGAUGCUCCCAAAGCCACACAGACUGGACAAGGUGCGUUACCACCCCCAGAGUUGGCUGGUCCUGGGGACAACGACAUAGAGGAGUUCUACAUCUGAACGUUUCUUGUUUUCCAAAUACAAAUGCCGACACCAAGACUCAGGUCCCCCCCAGCCCUCUGCUCUCUGUAUACACCAGUGUUUCAGGCCUGCACCCCAGGUCAGCCUGGAACGUCAUCAUCCAUCUCAGGGGGAUCAUAAGCACAUUUGCCGUGCCACUUGUUUAUAGCCGAGAGGUGGUACAUUUCUAGGGACUCAGUGAAAAAAUAGGGACAUUUUUUAUGCAAAUAAAUUCUCAACCCACUUCAGUCA